ACGAUUCAGUACAAUAUCGGCGCGCAACAGAGGCGUACACGUCGUUGCAACCCUUUGCUUGGAGUGCGCGUGGCCUUGGUUAAGGCUUCAGAGAGUUGACCUGCGGCAACCGGGAUUUUGGUAUACAUGGGUCCUAAAUCAGCCUCCACCAGACCUGCCAGCACUCACCUCGACCACAACGCCAAUUUGCGCAAUCUCAAGAGUAUCAAGUUCAAGUAAUCUCGAUCUUAUCCUGCCCCCUGCUGAUUCUGCAUUCGACCUUACGCGAUCUCAAGAGGACCAAGCGACCGGCAACGACGGGAAGACGACUUGCGGUACCGUGGUCUCGUCCUGAUCGACCGCAACACCGAUCUAUCGGAGAAUUUCAGGAUCUCAUAAAGCGGGUCAAGGAACGCGAGGACGAGGAAAAGACCGGGAGACCAGAGACGCAAGCAAUCGAUAGCGCAUUUUAUUACCCCCAAGACGCAAUAUCCAAAGUAUACGAGUAUAAGCCGUUAAGUCCUGGCGUUUUUUUUUAAACAUUAGAGUUUAAUUAAAUGGAACGUUGAUCGUUCGCAUCUGUACCAGUUUUAACAAUAAUAUCGAGAAAAUUACCGACCUGACACGGCAUUCGAUUUUCCGAGUUUCGUUUAAUCGUAAUUCACGAUAGCAACGAUACCAUUGAGAUACAUCACUGAGUUAUCGUAGAAACAACCACUCUCAGUAUUCAUCCGGUUAAAAUUUUGAAGCUGAAACGGCAGUCAACGGAUGCAACGUGAUAAGUAAACUGUAUAAAAAGAAUGAAUUCUGAAUGAUCCAGGAAGUGAUACGUUGGAUAAACGGAGCCUUAACAAUCCUUUGAAUGAUUAAAUUAGAAUUGUACACGUUCGAGGUUUAUUGAUGCAGCAUAUAGACAGUCGUGAUAUUCAAAUAAACGCCUACUCAUCAAUGUGUGCGAGGUGAAAACACUGUUACACGAUUGGUUUCAGAGUUUGAUUAGCGAUUAGUUUACUGAGCAAACUUCCGACGUAUCGCACCGCAAUUCUCAGCACUGUAAUUAAUGUGUCAAUCAGGAAUCGAAUCGAGUAUAAACAGACCAUAACUACCGCAGCAAGUUGAGUCCGAACCUGUAAGUCGUACUGUUGAAACUUGGUUUACCCUGAAAGCGCGUGAAUCGCGUAUACACCGGUGGUAAAAAGGCUUGAAAGGAAAAAAAAAUCUCGAGGAAAUUCCCCUCCUGAAGACCGAUCAAACGUCAACGAUACGGCUGAGAGGAAAUACUCGAGGACACCGCGACGCGGACACCGAACAAGAAGAAUGGUAGUAAAGGCCGAGGGAGCUAGAAAUGGCCACGAACUGGCACCCCUGAAUGGCGAGGGUGGCCAGCCUGGUCAGGGCGGGGGACACAACGUGACGAUAGUUGUCGGAGGGAGUCAGGGUGGCGGUGGUCAGAAGACCAAGGAAGAAAACAGGGCAGCAUGGAGUGGAAAGAUGCAAUUCUUCCUCAGCAUCAUCGGGUACAGCGUUGGUCUCGGAAAUAUAUGGAGAUUUCCUUACCUUUGCCAGCAAAAUGGAGGGGGCGCCUUUCUCAUUCCAUUUUUCGUGAUGUUGAUCCUCGAGGGAGUGCCUUUGUUCCUGAUAGAACUAGGUGUCGGACAGAAAAUGAGACAAGGAGCCCUGGGAGUCUGGAACACGAUACAUCCUUGGCUCGGAGGUAUAGGUAUUGCCUCCUGCAUCGUCACCUUCUUCGUAGCACUUUACUACAACGUUAUCAUUGCCUGGUGUUUCUACUACCUCGUGAACUCCUUGCAGGCUGUGACGGUUAAAUUUGGCGAACCGCUGCCUUGGGCAACGUGUCCGAUGGUGAACGAUAAGCCCGUCGAAGAAUGCGCGAAGAGUUCGGAAACCGCGUAUUUCUGGUACAGAACAACCUUGGACGCCGCACCUUCGAUUGAAGAUGGACAAGGUUUGAAAUGGUGGAUCGUUGUGUGCCUCCUCGUCAGUUGGAUCAUCGUUUUCUUCAUCGUGAUGAAGGGCAUCCAGUCGUCGGGAAAGGUCGUUUACUUCACUUCGAUGUUUCCAUACCUAGUGCUGACCAUCUUCUUCAUCAGAGGGAUAACGCUGAAGGGUGCAAGCGCGGGAUUGGUUCACAUGUAUACUCCGAAGGUGGAAAUGCUGUUGAAGCCGACUGUUUGGCUGGAUGCGGCAACCCAAGUGUUCUACAGUUUCGGUCUUGCUUUUGGCUCCUUGAUAGCAUUCGGCAGUUACAACACUCCCGACAACAAUUGUGUUCGCGACGUUAUUCUCGUUAGCGUCUGCAACGCGUUCACCGCGAUCUAUGCCAGUGUUGUAAUAUUUGCGAUUCUGGGAUUCAAGGCGAUGAGUAACGUCGAUAAGUGCAUUGCUGGCAAUAAAGAACUGUUGUUAUUCAAUGGACUACUGUUGUCGAAUUCGACGGAUGAACAGUACGAGGACAUAGUAACCAAUUUCAAUUCUACGGCCGAAAAUUUCACCAUAGCAACCUGUAGUCUUGAAGAACAGCUCGACGCGGCUGCCGAAGGAACUGGUUUGGCGUUUAUAGUUUUCACUCAAGCGAUAGUGGAGCUCCCAGGUGCGCCAUUUUGGUCCUGUAUCUUUUUCUUGAUGCUGCUAGCCUUGGGCUUGGGAUCGCAGAUCGGGAUUCUCGAAGGGAUGCUCUGCGUGAUCUUUGAUAUAGACCUCUUUAAGAGAGUUAAAAAACAGUACAUCACCGCGGUUGUCUGCGUAAUCUGCUUCUGCGUCGGUUUGAUAUUCACCACCGGGGCUGGCGAAUACUGGUUGAAGAUGUUCGACAGCUUUGCCGGUACAAUAGGACUCGUCGUUGUCGGAUUGAUGGAAAUGGUUGCGGUCAUUUACAUCUACGGACACGAAAAGUUCACCAAGGACAUUGAGGACAUGACAGGGUAUCGACCUGGGUGGUAUUGGCAGGUGACGUGGAGAUUCUUGGCGCCCCUAAUCAUGGCGGGGAUUCUCGUUUCCAGCAUCGUUUGCAUGUUCAUUCAAAAACCGGAAUAUUCGGCUUGGGACGCGACGAAAGGAGUCAGCGUUCCUACAAGCUAUCCAGGCUGGGUCCUCGUCAUUGCAGUGAUCAUCGUGAUCGCUGGUGUAGCGCCAAUGCCGAUAGUAUUUGUCCUGAGAAGAUUCCAGUGCGUUAAACUGGACGUUGACAUUCACCAGGGUAGCAUUCGACGCAUUGAUACUACUGUCUCAACGAAGGAGAUGAUGGGCGACGUUGACCUGGACGAGUAUCACGACAGGCUCGAGGAUUUCCCUGAGGAAGAGGAAGACGAGGACGACAACAGCGACGACGAUAACAACACUGCACCGUCUUCGGCGAGAAUGGUCGCAAACCAGAUGAAGGGAAAGGCUUUCAAGAUGGAAGUGAUGGACUUUUGAAGGGACCUCCACCUAUCGCGAUGACCGUUCAUCCUUUUGUAACCCCUGAUUCUUAGUACAUAAGCGUGACCUUUAAACUCAGUAAAAGAGCCAAGGUUCCUGCAAAGCACUUGGGCAUGCGGUAGGCGCAGGAUUACGAACGUAGCACUUCCGGCAUUGACGGUCACCGGUCGCCGAGUGAUUUUUUUUUCCUUCCGAUAGUACAAUAACGUUGGCUCUGUAUAAUCCAAUUGUCGGCCGCCCUAUUAUUAUACACGUACAACGUACCGAGGAGAAUUCCGUGGGAAUUCGAGGUUCACUAGGAGAGAGUCUGGCUCUAUCAGCGCUAAAAAUAUAGACCAGGGGAAGAUCUGUUGUUCGAAACUUUGAAGCGCUGAUUAGGAGUGGCCGUUUCGUUACGUCAAUGACUGUCGAAACCUUGGUCGGGAUAUGCUUUGUGCACAAAAGCGAAUACUCGAAUACAACUCUGCUAGAUUUGAAGCCGUGACAUUCGAGAGACGCGCAAUUAAACGUUGACUCACAAGGUCUAAUCGAGCCCGGGCGAAUAAAUUGAGAAUAACGAAGAUCAUUUUUGCAGUAACGAACGACUCGCACCGUUUAACACCAGUCGACGUUUAAGGUGCGUCGCGUCGCGAUCUCAAAAUCUUAUCUGUACCAAAUCCCGCAAAGAUAGCAUCGAGCAGUCGGUCUGUGGGUCUUGAACUUGCAGCUGCGUCAAGAAGCUGAUCCUGACUAGUCGCGUUGACGGUUUUUAUUCAAAAUUUCAACAAAUGCGAGACAUUUUUAUUGCUGAACGAACCAUUUCGAAACAGUAUACGGUGGUUUUCGAAUGGCCACAAAGUUUUGUGAUAUUAAUCUCAGUGUUACGGCUGCCUCGACAUCGCAGACUCACAACUAGAAGUAUGAUUUGCACGAACGAAGAGCGAAUGUAAAACUGUGCAUUUUCAAAGUAUCGUAUGUUACUCUCUCCGCAAUUUCACUUCCUCAAUUAUCGGCACUUCGCGCAGAAGUUCUGUGUUCCUUGUUUCUGUGAUCCCUUAAAAGCAAUACCUAUUCUAUGCAAAUACACAGUGUGAGUACUCCAUGAUUCUAGCAAGGUGCACGACGAAACAUGCUCUUCUAUUCUGAAGUCUUAUGCAAUCUUCAUUACGAACUGGUAAAAAAUUAAAAAAUACUCGCGCAGCGCUUAAGACGAAUUCAAUGCAACAAACAUUGUUCGAGUCUCCGGAUAAUUCUACUUGCGUCACGUAACGAUAUUUUUUUUCUCCGAUCGUCAAAAUUCAUUCUUUAACACCGGUUGAACAAAAGGGCGAAACGCGGACGAAAAAUUAUUGAAGUUCAUUCGUUUUUUUUUUUUUUUUUUUGUCACCUUCAUCGAAUAAGAAAAUUUUUGACUACUGGCAAAUUGGCUCUUAUUUUUUAAUAAAAAAUUAUUCAUACUUGAUCAAGGGAUAUUUAGUCCAGGUGAAGGGAAUUUGAAAAAGCGAUUAAAAUGGCGUUUUUUAAUUCAUGCCGAAGCCCCGAAUUAUACUCUAGAGGAAAUAGGCUUGGAAACAUGUGACGUGAAAUGGUAAAUCGGGAUCUUCUAUAGCGAACCUGGGGUAUUUAGGGAGUCGGGACUGAUAGUUGAAUAUUGAUCAAAGUAUGUUAAAUUAUCAUCAAUACAGGCGCGAAAAAUUUCAACGAGAGACAAUUAGCCGUCAAGGAUUCUAAAUAGACAUGCAAAUGAAGUUAAUUCGUAUUCACGGCGCGCUAUUCCAGCCGCGUUUUUCUGGGACUGUAACAAGCAGAGUAAUUCAAUUCACGAAAGUACGUAGGAGAAAAAUUUAUGCGUAUUUCUGACGUACGCCAGUAGUAUGUCCGUUGUAGCCGAAAGCGAGACACUCGGAAGAUUAUUUACACUAUAGUCAAAAUAGCCGUACGUUUUAUGCGUAUAACAAUACUGCAAAAGCGGAACUUCGCAAAGUGAUACGUAAUUCUGGUAAUAUAGGCUCAAAAAAAGUAGUUUAUGUAACAUGCGUUUAAUUAGCUAUAAUUAUAAUGAGAGCUAAGCUAGUAUACAGUAAUACAUACCUACUAACAUUGUUACUUGGCUGGUCCAGCUUUUUUGAAUUAUUAUCAUAUAUAUUUAAUUUAUAUAUGUGAUGUAUAUUUAUUAUCGAAGGACAGAGUUGUUGUUUUACGACUGGCGUAACAGCGACCGUUCAAACAAUAAUCCAUAUUUUCAUUCGAUUUUUCACUUUCACUUUUUAUCAUCAACCAAGACAUAAAAGUGUGAAAAUUCUCCCACCGCCGACGGACGACGGUGUUAAUCUCGAUGCAAUCGAUAAAGAAAGAACAGCGAAAAGCAUUUUUUCAUUUAGAUCUUUCAUCUCGAAAGAUAACCCGCUAACUCAUCGUGGCUUGCGAGCGUUUGAUAAUGUAAAACGGAGUAUUUAUUGUCGUAUAAUUGUCGGUGCCAUAGGCGGCUGUAAUAUCUGCAGGAUUAUUUCAUUUACGACGAUACGGCUCACAUAAUAUUUGGGUGUGUACAAAUACCUGACAUAAAUUGCGCAACUUCGUGACACAACGCACGUGCGUGUAAUAUCAGCUGCGCGUGAAGUGUGGAAUUCAUCGGGCGUAAUCAAAUCGGGGCGUAAGUUGUAUCUUUUACAACAAGAUUAAUUAUGAUCGUCCGUGUAAUUCUUUUUUCUUCCAAUUUUCACCUCGCAAUCGCAUAACAGUAAUUGCCGACACUUGGUUUUGCUAGCGUUUAAACAAUAACACGCGUGAUUUAAAUGCUGAGGGAAUCAAGAUAAAUUUGAAAUUGCACCAAAAACUUUUUGCUGUAAGGUGCUCGUGUGGAAACCAAAAAUAAUUAUCACGCGAAGGGAAUGAAAGUACGAAUAUUAAAAGAAAAAGAAAAGAAAACGAAGCAUAGCACACGAUGAGAGACGAAUAAUAACGAUUGCCAAUUAUGACGUUGUCUUACAUUAUAAUUAAUUAUUAUAAUAACAGAUCCACGAGGGAGUUGUACAUAUUAAAGUUAAUAGACGAUCAAUUCGGGGUGUUCAUAUUACUUUUGUAUCACCGUAAAAACCCAUCCAGCAUCACAAGUUGAAUGAAAAGUGAUCGAAACGAUCCGAAGUGAGAAAAAUAUCAGGGAAAGAAAAUUACGUAGUUCAAGGUAAUUCGAACACCAUGUUAUACAUAUAGUAUUACAAUUGCGUAGGCUUUAAGCGUAACACCCGUUUUUAAAAAUGCCACAAGCGCGAUAGUUAUUGUUACUACAUACGUAAGUAUUUACUAUUUACGUCCUCGGUUUGCAGAAAGGUUACAGGAAUCCUACCGGCUUUCAAGUUCUUAUUCGUAACUACACCAAUGAGUUUUCGCACGUCAUCGUAGAGGUUUCAAAACUUUAUUUCACGCUGACGUAAGCCCUCAUCUUUUACAAUUAGCAACUGCCACUUGACUCAAUAUGGUGCCGGCCUGUUAAAUUUAUACGUAGAUACGAAAUAGUUGACGAUAGUCUAACAAUAACAGCUGACAAAAUUGUAAGGCUCAUGAAGUAUAGAGUUAAUAUGCCCAAUAGUAUUUUACAGAAAAACCUAAUCGCUUAGCAUGAGAUUUGUCGAAAGUGUGAAAGAAAAACUGAAAGUUAAGGGUUGUCGUUGUCCUAUAGUUAAUACAGUAAAAUAGGUUAAUAUAGAACGUAUUGUAUACAAGGAUAUAUAAAAGUAUUUAAAUAAAAGCUUAUUUAUUGCCGAA